AUGGUUUUAAACGCAGCUGCUCAAGUCUUAAGAGAUGCAGAUGAGUUAAAACAGAAAGUUUUAAAAUGUAACAGUGGAACCUCAAUGUUGCAAGACAGAAGUCUUUGGACUACACAACAACAGUUGCAGAAAACUUAUCAGAAAGUAUUGACAUUAGAUUUGGACUAUGCCUUAGAAAAGAAAGUAGAACAAGAUCUCUGGAAUGUAGGGUUCAAGCAGCAGAUUGAGGCGUUACAGGCCAUAUCAAAGGACAGAAAGAAUGCUCAAAGGAGUGAAGGACAAGCAAUGUUGUCAUGGGUAUUGCAGGCUGCAGCAGGGUUCUACUUAUGUCUCCUGCAUCAGAUUUGUACAACAUAUAAAUUAGAUUUGCCAUUCAGACGCCGUGCAUCCCUCGUUGGUGCAAUUGAAGGUUGGGAAGUUAGUGGCGGGAUGGCUAUCAGUAAAUCUGGAGUAGCAGGAGCAAGAUAUGCCUGCCAACAUUGCCUUGUACACCUUGGUGAUUUAGCCCGAUAUAGACAACAGCUACGAGUUGCCCACACCUUUUAUAGGCAUGCUUUGGCUGUGUCUCCCCAUUCUGGACAGCCUUAUAACCAACUAGCAUUAGUGGCUUGGCGUCGAGGUCGUCGCCUAGCAGCAGUGUAUUGGCAUGUUCGCUCGUUGCUUGUACGAGCGCCCUUUCCACCCGCGCCUGCUAACCUCGCACGCACUUUGGCUGCCGCUGCCAGUCGCGACGGCAAAGAGUUAACAAUUCUGCCAGUUCUCACCGGAGUGACGGAAACUAAGUCGGUUGCAGUGACCAAACAAAGGCUGGACUCUCACUCAUAUGUUACUGAAUUAUUGCGAGCUAUACACUUCCUACAUAAUGUUGAGCAUUUGGACAGCGCAUCUGAACUAAUCAACACGUUAAACUAUUCGUUAUCUCCUCUCAUCGCGACGGACAGUUUCGAUUCACUUACACUUAUCAAGAUGGCCUGUGUCAUCAUAUGGAUAGUGCACUCGACAACCGAGGAUCUAACGUUGGAUAGCGAAGCGCUGACUGAGUCUGAAGGGAAGGCAGCUCAACUGGCCGCUUCUCUGGCCGCCGCGACACUUCUCGCGUUGCUGCUGCCGGCCUAUGCUGCGGAUGAACUCUUGACUAGAACCUUGCCAACGUUAAAAAUAUUCCUGCAAUGGACGGUUUGCCAAACGAAAGUGAUCAGGACAUCCGCAUGGAAAACGCGGCCCCAAAUUUGGGCUGCGCUGGCGCACGUUUUCAAUAAAUUAGGAGACACCGCUUCGCUCAAUGAUGAUAAAUUUGACUCGGUUCCACUACCAGAGGACGAAGAGCUGAACGGUUUCCUGCCGCUAGAGGGCGCUCUGAAAGGGCUCACCUUCGAAAACCACACCUAUCAAGAUUUACCGGAAUCCGAUGGAGAUAUCGCGCCAGAUGUGAGCAGUCUCAGUCUAGUCGGGGAACCGGAAUUGGAGCAUCGAGUGCGCGCGCGCAGACUUAUGUUACUCGGGAAGAAACUAGCAGAACUGUUUCCUGAGAAUUUAACAUAUACUGAAGACGACGAUAAAAUAACUUUUACAGCAAGCGCAGUCGGCGGUGAUCAAUUGACUGAGGCAUUAGAAACGUUGUGUUUACACACGGAAUCGAAUCUGGAACCGGUAGAAGAAAUCAUUGAACCACCUCCACCUAUCAUUAUAUCGGAGGCUGAUUUUAGAGAAAAAGUGCGUGAAAAACGUGUGGGAAUACUAAAGCCCCAAGGUUCGUUGGAGCGAGCUCGAGAAGAACGGGCACUCGCUACAACCAACGAAGAGAUACCGGAAACAGAAAGCAGUGAAGCUGGCGUGAAAACUGAAGAUAAAAAGGAAUCUCGGAAGCCGCGAGUCAAUAUUGCGAUGGCUGCCAUCAUGCGGAAACAGGAAGAAACCAACAAACAGGUGAAAUUUGUAACACCACCUCCCACACCGGAGUCGACUGAUCUCGUUGAAUCUAAAGAUGACAAACCUAUAACUAUUCAACCAAAAGCCAUCAAAUCUUUGGCAAACCUGCCGACCGGCAGGAAGACUGGUGGAAUACUUUCUCUUAAGGACAAGUCUGCCGGUUACCCGCAUUUGGUCAACGCUGAGCCGGAGCCGAAGAAAGUCGAGGAAAAGAAGGAGCCUUCCCCAAAUCAAAAUAUAGCACAAAGGCAGGAAUCGCCGUGGCAGCAAAACUAUGAAGCGCAAAGAGUGAAUUACCAAAAAAGCUUCGGCCCACAAAACGCCGGCACCAGCUACAGCCCGAAUUAUGCCAACCAAGGGAUUCGACUCCCGGUAGUCAACCCGAAGGAGAUCGACGUCCGAACGGCCGCUUUACAAAAACAAAACUCCCGUCAAGAAAUGUUUCAAGAGGGGAAAUUCCAAAAUUACCAAAUUUCUGGGGACAAAAAGAAUUUCCUUAACGACCUCCCGCCGCGAUUCGCCAAUCAAUACAGAUAUUGGCAAGCGGGACAAGACAGUCAGAACAACGAAAACAAGUUCAGAGACGACAACUUCAAAGCUAACACCUUCCAGCAGAAUUGGCCGACCGAACAGUCAUAUCAGCCGGUGUCGUGGUGGAAGCCGGAGCCCGUGAACUCAAAUUAUACGCCGCCGAUAAUGCCCAAUUUCUAUCCCCAAGUGCCCAACAUGAACCCAUACCAGAAUGUACCGUUAAACCAAAUGCCGGGUCAAAAUAUGCAGAAUAUGGGUCAUAAUAUGCAAAAUCUCGGUCAAAAUAUACAAUUGGGGGCAAACGUACAAAACAUUCCGAAAAAUGACAACUUAGUGCCAAACUACAUGCAGUCUAGUAUUGGGCAAAUGCCGACUCUGCAGAAUUUGGUGACAUCUCCCAACUUCAAUACCUCGGUGGGAGCUCUCGGUUACAACACACCUAGCUAUGAUGCAGCGAUGUACCCACAGUUUGGCAAAUAUUACCAACCUUUACAAAUGUUGGACACGCCCAAUUUCCCAAACAAAGAAGUUCUCAACUUCGGCUCAAACCUGGAAAUGCAACAGAGGUUAAACUUUCACGAGACGUUUAAGGAAGGGAAUAUGAAACCUUUGGAUUCUAUCGGGGGUCAGUCUACGAGUAGUGUUGGUGAGCCAAGCGAUACAAAUACCUACUCCCUGUUCAGUGGCUCUGAAGCACCUAGACACGCCUUACCUCAACAGUCGCUGUGGUCUGGCCCCGGAUCACCCCUCGAACGUUUACUUGAGCAGCAAAAGCAGAACAAACAUCCGCCAGCACCGCGAUGA